CUUUUCCUCAAACUUUCACUUUCUCUCUCUUCUUUCUCUCUCUUAAUUUCACCAUGGCUAAAGACCUCCAAACCCCAAAAGAUUUCCAAGAAAACCAAUCACCAAACAUCGACUCUCUUCUUCCAAAUGAAUGCAAAACCCCAAAAUCUCCUUCAUUUAGGAUUCCCAAAGUUGUUAACUGUCCUGGUGCACCUAAGAAACCUAAAAGGGCAAAUCGGUCAUUGUGCAAGAGGCGAUUGCGAUUUGAGAUCGUCGUCAUGGUUGAUGAGGAAGAAAUCGAUUCGUUUUUCAGAAAUGCUGAAGAUGUUAAUAAUGGUGGUAGCAUCAUCAUGAAAAGAAGACGUAGCAUGUAAACUCAUAAAAAAAUAUUAUUCAGAUAUAAUCAUCUGAUAUCUGAAACUGACUGAAUGAUGAAUAGUUAUUUCAAAGAACUGACUGACUGAUGGAUAAUUGUUGCAAAGGGUCUAGCUCUAAUAGUAGUUUUUAGAAUUAGUAGUAAGGUCAAGUUUCAUUUAUCAUGUUGUAUCGUAUCGUAUCUUAUUAGCUAGCUAGUAGUAAAAAAGAAAAAUAGUUUUGAAGUAUUAUGUAAUAGUAUCUAUUGCACCUUUA